CUGACAUUAUAACCUAAAAAAUCUUUUUUAUUUUUUCACUGAGUGGAAAGUAUCAAGAAAAUUAAUGAAAAGAUGACAAGAAUCGUUUUUCUUUCAUUCAUUUUGGCCACAUGGACUGUUUUGGCAAACUGUGCGCGCCCUCAUGUUCAACCUUUAACUCCAGAACCAGAAGAAAUAAAAUCUUCAACUGCACCAUCAACCUCACCGUCAAGGUCAGAUUGCUCUAAGGUGAUUUAUGCGAUGUCAGAUUGUAUCCCUUUUUUGAGUGAUGGAAUCAAAACCACAACGCCUGAACGUUCAUGCUGCUCUGGAUUUGAAACUGUGGUCAAAACUGGUCCUGACUGCGGAUGUGAAUUCUUUGAGAGUACUGCUAACCUGGGUAUCCAUUUGAAUAUGACAAAGGCCAUGACUCUUUCUUCGGCAUGUGGGAUCAAUAAUGCUCCUCCUCUAACUAAUUGUGACGUUCCCAUGCCUCCUGGUACUGCUUUUCCUGCCAAGUCUCCAAAAUCGGGGAGUACUCCACCUCCAAAAUCACAUCCAAAGAUCAAUAUAGUUCCUGCACCCUCAGUUGUCACAGCUCCAGUACAAUCUCCAGUACCAUCUCCAAGCUCUGGAGCUUACUCAAUAUCUGCUAAACUUGCCCUUACUGCUCUUAGUAUGCUUGGUGCUGCUUCAUUGACGUAAUGAGUUUCAUCCUACACGCAAGGUUGUGAUAUUAUUGUUGUUGAUUCUUCAUGUCUUAUAAAUUAAUUUCUCAUUUUUGACUA